UAGAGAUCUGGUUGGCGGGCUGAACUUCACAACGUUGAACGGCGCGGUGGGUCACGUGACAGCAUCUGCUGCUGCUGCUGGUUGAGCGAAGCGUGUUAGCAGAUUUUUCUAUUUUGUACAUACAUUGUUUUGUAUAUACUGUAUAUGAUGACUUCAGUGGUAAGCACUCAAGCCCGGGGAAGUCGGGACAGAACGCUGCCCACCACCACACAAACAACACAGCCACAGAAACAGAUACAGCCUACAGCAGAACAGAUCCGUUUAGCCCAGAUGAUCAAACAUGACAAAAAUGAUGCUGACUUUGAAGGCAAGGUUAAACAGCUAAUUGAGGUGACUGGGAAAAGCCAAGAUGAAUGCAUGGUAGCCCUUCAUGAUUUCAAUGAAGAUGUUAACCGAGCCAUUAAUUUUCUGCUGGAGAGCACCUCUGACACAAACUCCUGGGAGACUGUGGGGAAGAAGAGGAGCCUUGGUAAAGAAGGGGGACCCUCAGACAUAAAAGAAAGCAGGGAGAAGAAAGGAGGAGAGAGGGAAGUCAGUCGUGGACGUGGGGGUUCUAACAGGAGGGGCAGAGGCAUCAGCCGAGGGCGUGAAGGUCGAUUUGAAGAGAAUGGGUUUGAGGUGGUACCUGAGGAAAGAGGAGGAGACCGCGGACGCCGGGGACGUGGCAGAGGAGCAGGAGGUCGCGGGAGGGGAAGAGCAGCCGCUGGCAACAGGUUCUCCUCCCAGGGAAUGGGCACCUUUAAUCCUGCUGACUACACUGCUAACUCUGGAGCUCGCCAGGAGAACUGGGAGACAGAUGGCAAUGAACCUGCUGAGGGAACUGGAACAUGGGGAGGCAACCUGGAAGACUGGACUUCAGAGGACUGGAAUGAGGACUUAUCUGAGACCAAAGUAUUUACUGCCUCUUCUGCUCCAGCAAAUCAAAUUGCACCUGGACACAAUGUGGACCUGUCUACCCUACUGCCUAAGGCUGGAGCGAGUACAGUGGAUUCCGACUUAGGGGUAAUCGUCGAUGGCCCCUCAGCCGAGGAUUUGGGCCAAAGCUUGGUGUUUACCAAUUCCCACCACAACGGACGCACUGCAACACACAGCUACGCACACGCCACAGCCAACAGCUAUGCCCACGCUGCUGCUGCAAAUGCAACCUGUGCACACCCAGCACUGUCAUCACUCUUGGGUUCCGGGUUUGGGUCGAUGAAUUCAGCUAAAGCAGCACCCGCCUCUGAGAGUAGGACAUCGGAGCAGCUCAGCGGACCUCGGCUCGGUCAAAGAGUCAGUCAGACACUGGCCGCCAGCAGCAGCAGUGUUUCCAAAGAUGCAAGGCCACCUUCCAUGCAAAGUCCUGCACCUUCCUCAUCUCCGUCUUUGGACAUCAAGACUCAGCGAGUGGAAAAUGGCCCUGCUGUCACUCAACACUUCGAAAUAAAGCUUCAGCCUGAGCCAUCAGCAGUGCUCAGCCAGCUGGCUCAGAGGCAACAACAGUCCUCAGUCCUUCCCACCACAGAGCCUCUGUGCUUGUCUCAGUCGAAUGUUCCACAAGCCCCCACACCACCAGGCCAUGAGUUCUCUGCUCCUUCUCUAAGAGAUGGAGCUUGUCUGGGAGUGAAGCUGCCAAGUAUGGAGCCUCCUAUUAUGGAACCCCCCCAGAGGCAGCUAAAGACUCAGAGACGCAGAGUACCUCCCCCCUCAAAGAUCCCCUCAUCAGCAGUGGAGAUGCCAGGCUCAGCAGAUGUAUCCGGUCUAAAUGUUCAAUUUGGAGCUCUUGACUUUGGGUCUGAGGCUGCCAGUGGAGCAGGAGACAUGGCACAGAUGGAGCCAUCCAGGGAACAACCCUCUACUCAGGCCACAGCUCCCACGCCGAUGCCUAUUCCUAGUGCUGUUCCCACACAGCAGCCACAGAGCAGCUUGUUCUCUAAACCAGGAUCUGUGAGUGAACACAUGAGCGCCAUGCCCUCUGCUGUAUCAGACCCCAGCUUUCCACCAUCUUUGGGCCUACCCAGUGCUACACCAUCAGCUUCUCUUGGUCUUCCCACUGUAGCUGCUCCACCCUCCUCUGCAGGCCCCACCACAGUCACCAGUGGCCCAAGGACGCUGCCACCUCAUCUUGGAUUUUCUCAGAGCAAAGAUCUCUCAUCAUCUGCUGGUGGACCCCUCACAAAUGGCUACGGUGGCAUGAAUACACAAAUUGACACCAUAUCAUCAACAUCCAGAACGGUGAAAACAGAGUCUCCUGUUAUGACGAGUGACAGUGGACCCGACCACCACAUCCCCUCCCCUGCAGUCACAUCUUCCCACUCCACGCCCAUCCCAUCUCUCAGCAACCAUGUGAACAGUGCUCACUCCUCUGGAUCUGCUCAUGCUGCAGGUUCCUCUCUGACAAUUGGUAAUGAAGAGAGCAGCAGCAGCGUCAAUCUUCAUGCUUUUUCAUCAUCUGGCCAAGUUGUAAACCCCAGUGCUUCAGCUCCCUUGGCUGUCAGCAGCUCCAACACAAACAGUUUGCAGCCGUCCGGAGCACCAGGACUAACUCCUAAUGGCACAAACACCACACUCUCAGCUGCAGGCAACCGAGCACCACAAAUGCUCACCACCACCCCCGGUAAAGCUCCACCCAAUUUAGCUCAAGGAGUUCCUCCUCUCCUGGCUAAUCAGUACAUCAUGGGCCCUGGUGGCUUGCUCCCUGCUUACCCGCAGAUCUAUGGAUAUGAGGAUUUGCAAAUGCUGCAGUCUCGCCUUCCGAUGGACUAUUAUGGUGUAACAUUCCCUGGUACAGCGCCUACUAUCCCUGGUAGAGAUGGUUUAGCCAAUAAUCCAUAUUCUGGCGAGGCAACAAAGUUUGGCAGGAACGACUCUUCAUCUCCAGCUCCUUCAUCCAGUUUGACUACUGCUGGAGUGCAGUCACAGUCCCAGCAGGCACCACAGGCAGGGACCCAAGCGCAAGCCCAGGGACAGAACCAGGCUCAACAAACGCAAAACCAGGCCUUUCUUAACCCUCCUCUGCCCCCUGGCUACGGAUAUACUGGUCUACCAUACUAUACUGGUGUACCUGGAGUUCCCUCAGCCUUCCAGUAUGGUCCUACUGUCUUUGUGCCUCCUGCUUCAGCCAAGCAACCUGGAAUGGGCCUGGCCAACCCCUCUAAUCAGUAUCACCAACAGCAUCAGCCUAGUUAUGGACAGCAUGCAUACGGCACAGCCUUUGAUGACCUGUCACAAGCCCACGGUGGGGAGUACAAUAAGGGAGGGUACGGAGGCUCUGCCCAGACACAGGCCAAGUCAGCGGGCAGCGGCCCAGGGAAAGCACCAGGACUGUCCGGGUCAAGUACUAGUGGAGCAGUGCCUGACAUGGGGGGGUCAAUCUACAGCAAAACACAGUCAUUUGACAAGCAGGGCUUCCACACAGGGACACCACCUCCCUUCAAUCUGCCUUCGGCCUUGGGGGGAACGGGUCCCCUGAACCCUGGUGGCGCUCCUGGCUAUGCCCCGGCCCCCUUCCUGCACAUCUUGCAGCCACACCAACAGCCCCACUCUCAACUGCUGCACCAUCACCUCUCACAGGAUGGACAGGGUGGUCCUGGUCAACGCAGUCAGUCCAGCAGCAUGCCCCAGAAAACCCAAGGCAACAAGUCCAGCUACGGCAGCUCCCCCUACUGGGCCAACUGAGGAAUGCUCCCUGCUCGGCCUCCCCCAAACGCUGAGUGUGUGACUAAAGUUUAAACAAAAAGCAAAUGGAAAGGCACACUACCCUCAAUCUGGGCCUUCUUGCCCUGCUACCCCACCUUCAUGAGUCCUCAUAAGUUUUUUUUUUUUUUUUUUUUUUUGUUUUUUUUUGGGUUCUCUCUCCCGCCCCCUUUUCAGAAUUGGUUGUACAUGUAAAAUAUUUAUGUAUGUAUUUAUAUAUAUAUACUGUAUAUGUAAUAGUAGAAUAUGAAAUGUGGUUGCUGCAUUUUAUUUUUGAAGGACUUUUUGUUUACCUUUUUCAAAACUGCAGGAGAAGAUGCUACAUUAUAACGGAAUGAGAUGUGUGCGAGUGGAAAGCUACCGAUCAGAAACUUCCUGGAAGAAAUCAGAAAAAGGAAAAGAGAGAAAUAGCACUGAUUGCAUAUGAGGACAUUUCAGAUGGGGGUGGGGUUUAUAAUAACUAACUGCUUUUUUUUGUUUUUCUUUUUAUAUAUAUACAUAAUGACCAGGCUCAUCCCCCCCCAGACUUCAUGCCUUUUCCUCCUGUUGUGUGGAGGGCUGCCUACUUUCCUUAUGUCAACACCUCCACUUUAAAGAUACUUGUCCAUUUGAAAUUUUAUAUUUUAACUUAAUUUUAAUCCUGAUUUUCCUCUAAAUAAACGUUCUGAGCAGUUGGA